AUACUUCCCAUCAAACACUAAAUCGAUAAGUUAUCGUGAACCUUGCAUCCACAGAUUGUAGUUCGUUUAAUAAUGGUGUAGACACCAAGGCAAUUAAUUUCAAUAACAAGUGGGGAAGUACGUGGACGGAACCCUAUUCACAGCAUUUCCAAAGUUUUCGAAAAAGGUGUACCUCAUGAAUGAACAUGAUGGCAGACAGAUACGCUUCAGAUUUGGCCCUUGUUGUCGUUGCGCAGAUAACGCAAACUAUUGGUUACAGCUGCAGUCUGAGUGCACCCUUGGAGUUGUUGCAAGACAUAUUGCAGAAGUUUGUACAGGAGUUCGCUCGAGACAUGCAUGGACAUAUGGAGCACGCAAAUCGGAUCGAGCCGAACCUUAAGGAUGCACGCCUAAGUAUACAAAAUCUCAGCAUAAAUGUUCAAGAACUAUUGGACUACAUAGGUAAUGUCGAGCCUGUUGGAUUCAUCCGGGAUGUACCGCAGUUUCCCAUCGGAAAAACUCUAAACAUGAACUUCCUUAAGCCUGGAAGCGCUGAAACUCUAACACGACCUGUCUACAUAUUUGAAUACUUGCCACCAAUGCAGGACCCUGAACUGCGUGAAAUGCCAGCCGAUGCUCAAAAGGAAUUUUCGGAAAAGCAAGAGUUUUGCUCAAAAGCAGAGUAUAAUUCAACAAACGCGGCUGAUAAGUUUGGCGCCAAGCACAUCGAUUCUAUCUCUCCCAAUGCUGUGAUAAAUUUCCGGUCGAGUGCCUUUGAUUUGGACGUUGGGCGCUCAGUCCGCGAAAUGAGCAGCGUGGUAAUGACAACAGGGGGAUUCAUAAGUCCAGCUAUUGAAGGGAAGCUACCUGAAGAUAUCAUACCGGAUAUAGUUGAAAAAUUUUUAGGUUUGGAUGCACCCUUUUCACCUACGAUAAUUGUAAAUUCGUUAAAAAAAUCUCCACAACUGGCGUUUUCUGACAGAGACACAACAGUAAAUCCACGAAAAGCCAUUACCUCAGAAACUAAAAUCUUCAAACAAAAUGCCGCAUUAUUGACAAGUGGACAUUCAGAGUCUUCAAUAAUGUAUGCGUCUAACAACCAUCCGAUGCUAACUGCUAGAACACCUAAGAAGAAUAAAAAACAGAAACAUGAUUUAAUAUGCGAACCCGGCCAAAGCGAACUUUUAACUAAUCCGUUUGAAAAAGCCCAGGAAAAGUCCCAGCGGAAGGCUUUAAAAAUGUAUAAACAAACCUCAAAGAACCAAAGUGACACCUCAAGUAAUCAAAUUCAAAACAUGAGAAAAUUAAAAAAACGUUUUAACCGAGGAUCAUUCGAUCCAAAUAAAAAACAUUUACAAAAAAUAUUUAAGAAGCAGUCCAAGCUUAAGCAAAACGAUCUUCAACUGGACAUCGACGAAAAACACUUUUUGCAGAAUUCUCAAACUACGAGCGGCCUUGCUAUAAAAGCUAACUCAGAUACUGAAAAUGAUUUACAAGCUGAUAUCCCUAGUCAGCCGCCAACAGUAACAAGCCAGGUUAAAAAUAAUUUUCGAAAUUCAAUUUAUCCAGUGCAGCCAUCUGUAAUUCAACAAACGCAAGUGCUAUUGUCAGAAAAAAAAAGUGGAUCAGAACCAGAACGAAGUAAAUUGGACGUUUUUAAGAAAAUUUCUAAGCCACGUACUCCACGUCCAGAUAUUGGGGCGACUUCAAUACCUCCUGGAACCGGGGUAUCUGUAUUUGGAAGCACAAUGUCCACUCCGGCAUUAAUUAGUCUUCCAUCGGGGACUACUAUAACUCCUACACCUUCACUUGGUUUAAAUUCUGAAAACAAAAACGUUUCGAAAAUCAACCCUUGCAGUAUAUUCGAUGGAACUAUACCUUUAACUAAAGAAGGCGUUGAAAUGUCAAUUAUUGAUUCGUCAAAGCCAAAAAAGCGAGGUCGCAAACCUGGAGGGAAAAAUGUAAUAAAACAAACAAAUUUUGUAUCGCAAUCUUUAAUUAAUGCGGUCGAACGAAAAAAGUCAAGUCAAGCUAUUACACUGCCUCUAUCACCAUCUCCAAUAAUAAUAUCUCAAAGUUCUUUAAACGUCUCCCCACCAACAGAACCUCUCAACUUGUGUAAUGCCGAACAGCCCUCGAAUAAUUUUUUGUCAAACCUGUAUGCAAAAGAAAAAAAGGACAGAAAAAAGUACAAAUCGUUACCAGAAAAUGUAAUGGAAUUUGACAAAAGCUGUUCUCCUGAAAAGGCAUCAACACUGAAUAAUUCUAACCGAGCCACAAAAUUAAAUAAUGAUGUACAAUGUUCAGAUAAAUUUGUGACUGUUUCCAAAGCUUUAUCAAAUGCAUCAAUUUACCCUGGAAUUCAAACAGGAAUGGUUCCGUUACUUCCUCUAUUGCAAUUUCCUCCACGACCUGGUCUGAUUCCUACUGGGCCUGGGCUUUUUCCUGCAGUCACUGGUCUAGUUGGCUUCGGUAAUCACGGUAACAGAGUACCUAUUUCACCGUUCAUAGAUUAUCCUGGAACAGAAGAAUCAGUUGCGGAUACUGUUCGAUGUCUACCAAUUAAGGAAUCUCCUGUUACUGAUUCUGAUCAAUUUCUGAGCCGAUCUUCCACGCAAACUGGCUUGCAAAUGGAUCGAAACUACUGCAAUGUUGCUCCAUUGGUGCCCGACUCAAUGAAAUUCACCGAGUGUAAAAGCGUAUCUUGUGCCAGCACAAUCUUGGAAAACCCAUCUGCACAGGCCACAAGUAAAAUAAACACGAAACUGGCUAAGGAGGCUUCUGGAAAUCCUGAUGAUCCAAUAGAGGUUUCAGAUGAUUCUGAUGAAUCAUUGCACAACAGGAUGAUGGUUCAAAGAAAAACACCAAUAUCAUCACCAACUUAUGUUAAAACCAGCUUCGCAGAAUUACAUUCUUCCUCGUUAACGUCAGCUACAUCUAUAGAUGAAGAAAAAUCCAAAAUGGAUCUAAGGAAUAUUGUGUCUCUAAGCUCUAACGAACCACUUAAAAAAUUCAAAAAUCUUGUUAAACAGAGCAUUCCCGAUGUAAAAAGCGUAACCCACACGCCACCUCCACAUUCAUCAUUUCCACAAUUUAACUUGCCUAAUUUUAUGGGAGGUGACAAAUUUAGUUUAGCUGGGGGAGCAGAUCUUAUUCCUCUGUCGAGAAUGAGUGAUUCGGAAUAUUCCUCCAAAAUAGUACCAUUCAGUAGCUUAGGUGGAACCAUACCGAAUCAAAUCAAAGUUUCAGAAGACCACCAUAUUUUGUCAACCUUUUCUAACUACGAAGAUAUUACAAUAACACCAACUGGAUUAACGUCGUUGGAACCGAAAAUGCGCAAACAUCACAAAAAGCUAAAGAAGGUGAAAGAAGGGAAAAAUAAAAAAAAAAAAGAAAAAAAGGAAAAAUCAAAGAAAACGGAUCAGAUUGGCUUGACAUUUUUUAAAUCCGACAGAAAAAUUAAGGCCUAUGAUAAAAAGCAAAAAAAAGAAAAGAAAAAGGAUAAAGAUAAGCAGAUUCUAGUCCAUAUACCAGAUGACACAAAAGAAUUUACCAAGGUGCCUUUAGCUAACAACGAUGAACCGGUAUUGAAAUCAAGUUCCAUGACAAUAAGUCCAUCGUUAGGUGCCGCCACAAGUGAAUUGUCUCCAAAUCAAAUACCAAAACUUACACUGAAACUUAGUGGAAAAUCUACAUUAUUUUCGUCUUCAGAAAAGGAGAUGACAGAUGCAGGAAAACUAAAGCAAACCACGAUUUUGUCUUCAGAAAAUAAGAAGCGUGAACGGGAUAAUUCUCCGGAGCUUGCUCGUUUUUCUCCAUUGGUUACCGGCCCGCCUAAGAACAAACAAUCUGAAACACUGCAUUUAGGAAACAGUUCUACGGCAGUGUUGCCUGUACCUUCCCCAGUGGCUGUGCGCACCGUCCAACUUCCUGUUAGUCAAACCUCAUCUAAUUCUGCCGGGUGGCUAUCAAACCCUAGUCACAGUAAUGCUGCCUCUUCCACGCUUUCGGCUAGUUCAGUUUUGUUACCACAACAAUUGAUGUUGGCGCCUAAUACGAUCAUGAACAACUUUGUACCAGCCAAUUGCAACAGUACAGGAACUUUGUCAAAAAGUGGAUUAUGUAGUUCUCCAUUAAAUACAUCCGAAGAAAAUGCAAAUGCAAUGCAAAUUGCUGAAUCAAGUCGUCCAUCGUCAUAUGUUGACGCCGAGGGUAAUCGCAUUUGGAUUUGCCCCGCUUGUGGAAAGGUCGACGAUGGAUCAGCUAUGAUUGGUUGUGACGGCUGCGACGCUUGGUAUCAUUGGAUUUGUGUUGGUAUAACCUUUGCACCGAAGGACAACGACGAUUGGUUCUGUCGCAUUUGUGUAACAAAAAAAAGAUUUCACGGGUCUGAAAAAAAAAAGAGACGAAACAAGAAAAAGUGAUUUUUAAUUAGAAAAAUUUAUUUCGAGUCAACUUUGAUUAUCAUAGUUUUAUUAUUCUUUGAGUUUAUGUAUGUUUACCUUGACAACCCAUAAGUUUAUUGGUCGAGUAUCAAGUUAUUACCUUAAUAAAAUCUGCAACACAAAAAAUUUAUGUGUUUUUAUUAUUAUUAUUAUUCUCGGCCUUGAUGAACAUUUUUCUACAAUAAUAGAAAUAAAUUUUAAUAAAAUUUAUUUUUUUCCGGAAUUUCCAGCCACAAAUAUAGAAAUACUCCUUAGCAAUGAGGAGCAAUAAGUUUAACUUGCUAGCAUAAAAUUUUCUUGUGGACGACAUGGCUCACUGUGAGUAAUGCAUCAAAACGAACGGUCGUGUCGACCAUAGAAAGUAUAUACAUUUUCUUCAUCAGGAUCAAUACCCGAGUCGAUCUGGCCCUGUUCGUCCGUAUGGACGUCAAAGUAUACAGAUUCUAGAGACAUAGACGCAGCGCAAGUUGACCCAGUUGUUAAGCCCACAGUAACGCCCAGAAUUACUAAGCCCACACUUUACUUUUCUUGUAAACUUAUAUCGAUUUGCCAAAAAAAUUUUUUGCCACGCCAACUAUUUUUAUUUUCUAUCGAUAUCAAAGAAAAAUUAUAAAAUAUUGCGAUCCCAUUUCUACUAGCUGAGUAACGGGUAUCUGAUAGUCGGGGAAGUUCGCUAAAGCAUUCACUCUUGUUUUUGUAUGCGUAUGCACAUAAAAUGCACCGUUUGUCCCACUCUCCCACGCAAAAUCUAAAGGUCCUAAGCUUGCAGACUGCUCCCUUGCGGUACAUUUAACAACUCCCUUGCAAGUUUUGAUUUUGUGUUUUGUACAUUGGUCAGAAUUGAAAAAAUAAUGACUCGUUGACUAUGUGAUAAAAUUGUUCACACUAAGUGCGCUGGUUCUAGUGGCCGAACGAUGACCUAGCUAAGGUCCCAAAUCUACAAUACUGUUGUGAAGCUUGCCUCAUUUUCAGCACCUUUGUAGGUCAAGUAGGUCAAAAAAUGUACAUGUGUAUCACCAUGUCAGCACGGUUUUAUGGAACGCAGAUCAACAACCACUUUACCUUCCACUAACUUCCUUCGUAAUAGAGGGCAUUAAAAAUAAUCUUCAAACAUAUGUCAUCUACACUGACUUUUAGUAAAGCAUAUGACGCUUGUUAAUCAUUCUCUUUUAGUAAGAGAAGAUUGAUUUAUUAGGUUUCCCUGUUGAUCUAAAUUGGAUGUUAAGUUAUCUGAAUAGCAGGAUUUUUUCUUGUAUUCUCCGGUUCCCAUCCGGUGUCCCACAAGGGAGCCAUUUUGGUCCGCUCCUUUUUACCUUAUUUAUUUACGACCUCCCCCUAACAAAAAAACAUACGCGUAUACUUAUGUACGCUUACGAUGUUUAAUUAUGCCUCCAGUAUAAUGACAUUUCUUGCCAUUUGGACAUACAAUCCGAUCUAGAUUGCUUUCAAAUAUGAUGGUGUGAUAAUGUACCGAACUUAAAUGGCUUCAAGUGUAAUGUUUUGACCUUUUGUCGUGUGAACCCAUUACCCACGACCAACACUGGGUGGGUGGGGUGGUGGUGUGUGUGUGUGUUUGUUGGAGAGAACAACAAGUGUUGACGAUCUUGGUGUUCUUCUGGACCCUAAAUAAUCAUUUUCAGACCAUACUUCGACUAUUGUCAAUAAGGCCAGGAGUGCGAAUGGUUUCAUAAAAAGGUGGUCAAAGGAAUUUGAUGAUCCUGACAUGACCAAAAUCAUUUCACUGGUCCAUCCGAUUCUUGAGUAUAGACCACAUGGAGCCCACAAUACGUAUUUCACGCGGACCACAUUGAAUCCGUUUAAAAAAACUUCUUACUGUUUGCCUUGCGGUGCCUGAAUUGGGAUGCAACUGUAUUACCUCCUUAUACCAGUACUACCUUUAAUUAAUUUAAUUUACCUAGCUAACCGUCGACCGAUGCUUGGAACAGUCUUUAUUGGUAAGCUUAUUGGUGAAGUUGAUUAGUUAGUCGGCUAAACUUCUUUGUGCCAAGCAAAUUCACUAGAAACUACAUACCUUAAUCUACAUAAUCUAAAAUCACUGUAUGAGUUGCAUGACCCCUACAGAGUAAUAUGAUAUGAUUAUGAUUAUUUGAUUCGUCAGUAUAAACAGCAUAAAUAGACAUACAUAUAUGCUAAUUUAGGAUCGCUAACCAAAUCGACCAGACCAAAUAAUCGUCGAGAUAUUGGUAACUAUAGGCGCUGUAGAAUUGUUCUUUCUAGAGAUUAGCGGGCCACAGUCACACGUUUAAGCAAGAGGGAACGCUUCGAGUUUCCUGCUGCUUAGCUAGUAGAGGUGCGAAAGAGAACUUUCAGCAUUUUCCACGCAUAUAGAUAGAACUUGGCAAGACUAAUACUGUUAUGAAUAAAGAUUUGAAUAGAAAUAUAAUUUUAUAAUACUAAUAAAAAUAUGAAAAGUCUUUUUUAAAAGUGUGGGUGGUUUGUGGUCGUUAGUGUGCGCGCUGUGCUUGCGAGGUACCUAAAUCUCUGGAAUUUGCAUUCUUUGUCUUAUUCUUUAACCAGAUCGAUUCAGGAAUGGUCAUGAACGAGAGUACAACUUAUAUACUUUUAGCCCACAUGUAACGUGUAUAAAAAUGAAUGUUUUGAUGUUUUAAAAACUCAAACAAAUUGUUUCCAUAUUUUCAUGGGCCCAUAUGGAUAAAUAUAAUUACUAAACAGUUUUAUUAUGUACUAUUAGUAUUUUAUAUUUCAAUAAAAAAGGAAUAUAUGAACAAAAACUUUUUUUUUUAAUAUAAUUGUAUUAUUACAGACUAAGAAGUAUACGAAGCAUGAGAGUAUAAUCUCGUUAAAUAAUAAAUAUAGAAGCAAACAACAAUUAGGUAUUGAUUGACGAAAAAAACAUAAUCUUUGGUGAGAUCACGCUUCGGAUGUUUAAUAUAGAUAUUUGUUACAAGAAAGUAUUAGCCUAGUAUUAUUUUAAUAAUAAUUGUGAGUUGCUGGUUUUCAUGGCAUCUUAUAACUAAAAAUUUCCAGUCAACACCAAAUUAUGGACAAGCGUUUUCUUGAAAUCGGAAGCUUGACAUGACAAUUAAUAUUUGAUU